AUGUUGAAGAAUGUGCACUUCCACGAGCAACAGCGGCGUCAAUUGCCUUCUGCAGCAAGUCGCCUUGACUGCCAUGCAACCGAGAUUCGAGUGCCAUCACAUCUCCGAUCAAAACGUACGGAACCUCCUGGAUUGCCUCUUUGCGAACGAUCCAGCCGUGGCGUCUUGCAUGCAGUAGGUGGCAUCAUCCGUAGUGUGCCGUUCUUCUACGGAGCCUAUCACCCGUAA